AUGGACAAGCUGCAGUACCUUGUGGAUCAGUUCGAGAAGCAGAAGGAAAAAGAACUCCUCGAGCGGGAAUACACGCCGGAACUGAAAAAGAAGGGACUUGCAGCUGUCGGGUCUUUCGAGGAGUGGAAAAAGAACAAGAACAUUGCGGCGACGUUCACCUUGAACGACGGGACAAGGACGGCGAUUGAAUACGAGCAGCCAAAGGUCAUCGAGAAGAUCGUCGAGGUCGAGAGGAUCAUCAUUGAGAAGCCUGAGGAGUGGACAAUCGAGGAGAACCCGACAAUUGAGGAGCAGGAGAGAUUGGCGGAGAUAAAGGCGGCGAAUAGAGGCGCUGUGGACGGUGUUGAGGUUCCAAUGUCUGAGGAGGAGCAGGAGGUUGAUGAGAGGUGGAUUCCGCCGUCGGAACCGAAUAAUAACCCGAAAGAGAUGGAUUGGUUGUGAUAAAUUUGUGUCACCAUAUAUUGUUCUCAUUGUAUGUAUUGUAUAUUUCUUGUUGUUUGUAUUGUAUUUGAAUUGUUGUAUUUAAUUGUAUUUUUGUGUAGAUAAAUUGUUG